AACCUGCCCGCCUUCUGGAGGCAGGAGAAACAAGAUGGCAGAUCAACAAGACAAACGGGACUUGUCUUAGUUAAUCUAACUUUUCCCACUGUUGAUUUCUACACAUUAAAAAUAUAUACAAUUAGCUAGACAAAGCAAUCUAGCUCCCACGCCUUUUUAUGGUUGAUAUAUCAGCUCCUUAAAGCUAGAUUUCACAGAUUAGCUGAUUGCUAACUGCCGUUAGACAGCUAAGCUAGGCUAGGCUAAGCUAGCUUGUUUCUGUCUGGUCGGAGCGGGGUUAGACUGCUAGGCUAGCUAGCUUGUUUCUGUCUGGUCGGAGCGUAGUGAGACCUGCCAUCAUGCAGGACCUGAUAGCCACCGUGGACCACAUCAAGUUUGAUCUAGAGAUAGCUGUGGAGCAGCAGCUGGGGGCUCAGCCUCUCCCUUUCCCCGGGAUGGACAAGUCCGGGGCUGCUGUGUGUGAGUUCUUCAUGAGAGCAGCCUGUCUCAAAGGUGGUAUGUGUCCGUUCCGUCACAUCAGUGGGGAGAAGACGGUGGUGUGUAAACACUGGCUCAGAGGACUCUGUAAGAAGGGAGACCAGUGUGAGUUCCUCCACGAGUACGACAUGACCAAGAUGCCCGAGUGUUACUUCUACUCCAAGUUCGGAGAGUGCAGUAACAAGGAGUGUCCGUUCCUCCACAUCGACCCAGAGUCUAAGAUCAAAGACUGUCCCUGGUAUGACAGAGGCUUCUGCAAACAUGGUCCAGACUGUAGACAUCGCCACACCAGAAGAGUAAUCUGUAUGAACUACUUGGUUGGUUUCUGUCCAGAGGGCCGGUCCUGUAAAUUCAUGCACCCGCGGUUUGAGCUGCCGAUGGGAGCCACAGAACAGCCUCCUCUACCAGCACAGAUACUGGGUCACCAGAAGCCGUUGCCUUCGCUUGGCCGCUCGUCCCUGUCACUCAUCCAGCUGACCAAUCCUGGGGGAGGUGCAGGUCCUCACCAGCAUCAACACCAUCAACGCCAGCCAUACUCCUCUGGUCCCAGCAUGCAUCAGCACCACAACAACAUGGGAGGAGGGAACAGGGGUCCACGCCCACUAGACCAGGUCACCUGCUACAAGUGUGGUGAGAAGGGCCACUAUGCCAAUAAAUGCACCAAAGGACAUCUGGCCUUCCUCAGUGGACAGUAACUCUCUCACAACCCCGUGGUUGGACUCAGUUCAGCUGGAAGACAGCGGAGAGCAGAGCACAACGUCUGUAGAUUGAGAUGCUAUUUUGAAAACUUCCAAGUCCUUCGCUGAGUCCCCAGGAACCCUGGACCUCUGGACAGACAGACAUGUUUCUAGAUUGGACAGACAGACAUGUUUCUAGAUUGGACAGACAGACCUGUUUCUAGAUCGGCCGGACAGACCUGUUUCUAGA